AUGCACAACCCUAGAGUUUUGAGCCUCCGAAUCGAUACCAACGUUAGGCCAUCACUUCACCUCCCUAGUGGUUCCUUGCAAGAUACGCCAUGGCGAACUCCAGUAACACCCGGUUCUCCCGCACUGUUCAGUCCAACUAAUACCAGCGCAUCGACUCAAACGCCCGUAACGCCAGCUUCAAGAGCGCCGUGGUUUCCAAUAGGAGGAAAUGCAGGCUCUCCCGGAUCUUGUGAUAUUGAUAUUCUAAAGUACCCCAAUGUGGUACAUGCCGGGGAGCCCCGAGAUCAUGGGGCUUUUGCAUCCAUCGAGCGCCUAGGUGGAUCACUUCGUGGGUUGCUAAUGUCCAAACCUUCGCAAAGCAAGGACUCUCAGCUUAGUAAAACAACAGCGGUGGUGAUAGAAAGUAAUCUCAGUGACUGGUCGAUCGUAGAGGAAGUGCUGAAAGAGGCGCUUGCGACCGCUACAAACACUGAUUAUGUCCUCAGGGGAAUAAUUCGAAAAGUGAAAACUGGCGAUUCCUUUCAACAAUUGUCUGCAGGAAGAUUAUGGGCAGCAUUAAUGAAGAGAUCGAAUUCAAUAGUAUACGAAAGUGUUACUCGGAAGGACUUUUUGGCUGAUUUGGAGCAAGUAAUUUGCUCGCCGCGUACUGAACCGGUUGCUGCUGAUCGAUUGAUCGCGGUGCUAGCAACCUCCAUCCAUGACUUUCCGCAUCGGGAAGGAACAGGACGAUUGAAAGAGCUGUGGAACAAGCUUUGUGUUCAGAGGACACUAGACAGGACACCAAUCCAUCCCGAGGACGCAAUAUAUGGCACAGUCCCCCUAAUAGAUACAGUUCGAGGCACCAGCAUAGAAAACUCAACUGUUCCUACACCCUACUAUGAGCCUCGGGUGCCUCCAAGUUCGCCUCAUCCCGAAAACCGACCAGACGGACAAGUCCAGACUGGAGACGAUUCCAGUACACCCUGUGGCAAUACAACAGACAGUUCUCCAGUAAAAAUAGGGCCUCUAGCAAAACGUCCAGCUAGGGAAACACCACAGUUAGUCGUUGAAGAAGAUGGGGAUUUGGGGCUUCCGCCUCCCUACUCACCCUCUCAGGUCGCUUCUACGAGUUCCUCAAGAAUGCUCUCUGUUGUGGACAAUUAUCCCUUUGCCAAGGGAUAUACUAAUGACAUUGGCCCUGAUAUCGACAUUGACUCCUUGGAGCCUCAUCCAUUUGCUCGUGGGGCCUUUGGAGAUGUACGCCGAGGGUCAUUACGGGACGGGACACCCGUGGCCAUCAAGUGCCUGCGCUUCUAUACGCAGGCUCAAGCUACUGUUAAUAACGAGCUGGGUAUGGUUUCUGAGUUCAUGCCGAACGGAACCAUACAAGAGUAUAUACGCAACAAUCCGGGUGUGGAUCGGUAUCAGUUGGCCAUCUAUGUAUGCGCUGGUCUAGUGUACUUACACGAACAUCCCAAACACAUUGUACACGGUGACCUCAAAGCACUUAACGUCGUAGUGGACGUAAAUGGAAUUCCCAAGCUGACCGAUUUCGGCUUGGCUCAGAUGAUUCGCGCGGAGGAUUCUACUGAGCGCUCUUCAUCCUCAUGUGUUGGAGGAACUUCACGUUGGAUGGCUCCUGAAUUGAUUGGCUCUGAAUCCCCGAGUGCUUCUUGCGAGAAGCCUAACUUUGCAAGUGACGUUCAUGCAUUGGGAAUGACUAUUUACGAGAUAUUCACAGGGGCACUGCCAUUUUCUUCCCUCAAAAGGGAACCGCAAGUCAUACUUGCUAUCAUGAAUCGAGAGAUUCCAGAGAGAAUUCCCAGUAUUUUCACAGAUGAGCUCUGGGACCUACUGUGCCAAUGCUGGAAGUACGAUGCCAAGGAGCGCCCAACAGCUCGUCAAGUACUACACGUACUAGAAAAGUUGCACAGUCCAGAGCCAGACAUAUAA